UCCGGCAGGGGUGUUGCGUCCGGCAGGGGUGAUGUGUCUGAUGCGUGGUCGGCCCACCUCCACGGCUUGCUUGAUGGUAUCCACUCUAAUUGGACCAAAAUAGUCAAAUACAUACUCCAAGUAAAUUUUCCAGGACUUCUGGUUGAGAGAACUGUAGUUCAUCAUGGUUCAGUUGAUUGUGCAUGUGCCCGGGGAGUCCAGGAACAAUGGCAGAUCCUCCCCAAGGAAAUGUGAAAGUUGUUGGCUCUCCAUGGGAGAACAGUUUACGACUUCCGACGUCUGUUCAUCCCGAUCAUUAUGACCUAUAUUUGUGUCCGAACUUAUCAACAAAGGCGUUUUCUGGCAGAGUGACUAUUCAUAUCACAUCAUCGGAGACUCGUAACUACUUCCUCGUUCAUACGAAGUGGCUCAGCAUUACCCAGACGCAAGUUGUCAGAGUAAAGGGAAAACAGAUGCAGGAUGUUCCCAUUAUUGAGGUAUUUGAGUAUAAGCCAAACGAGUUCUGGGUAAUCAGAACUGAUGAUGUGGAGCCGGGAAGGUUCCAGAUCACAACUACGUAUACAGGAUCUCUCCAGAAAGGCAUUUUGGGAUUUUAUUAUUCUGAAUAUACUGAUGCAGAAGGAAAUUCAAGGGGUUUAGCCACAACAAAGUUUGAGCCAACAUACGCACGUCGUGCUUUUCCGUGCCUUGACGAGCCCAGCUUCAAAUCUACCUACAACAUCACCAUUGUCCGACCAUCAGAGGGAUAUAUUGCUCUCUCAAACAUGCCAGUUAUGAAAGAGUCGUUAGGUGCACCAUCUGAAGGCCUCACGGAAGUCACGUUCAAGAAGUCUGUGCCAAUGGUCACCUACCUUGUGUGCUUUAUUGUGUGUGACUUCACAUUUAAAGAGAAAAUUCUUGGUAGUGGGAUGCCGUUCCGUGUGUAUGCUCCUUCAGAUCGGAUAGAGAACACCCAGUAUGCCCUCGAUACAGGAGCAAGCAUUUUGCAAAUGUACGAACGGAUGUUUGAUAUGCCGUUUCCUCUACCUAAGAGUGACAUGGCAGCAAUUCCAGAUUAUUCGUCUGGUGCAACAGAACACUGGGGGAUCAUAACAUAUCGGGAAACUUCUAUCUUUUACAACGAAAUGCAGAGCUCUGCUGCAAACUUGCAACGGGUAACUGCUGUCAUAUCCCAUGAGCUCGCACAUCAGUGGUUUGGCAACCUCGUAACACUAGAGUGGUGGAAUGACCUGUGGCUCAAUGAAGGUUUUGCCAGCUAUGUGGAGUAUAAAGGCGUUGAUUAUAUGUAUCCAGACUGGGAUAUGGAUGCCCAGUUCCUGUUAAAGAGUCUGCAGGUGGUGAUGGAAAUAGAUGCAUGUCUUAGUUCUCAUCCCAUUGUGAAGCUGGUGACUACAACUGACCAGAUUAACGCCAUGUUUGAUGCAAUAUCUUACAAAAAGGGUUCCUCAGUGCUGAGGAUGCUGGAGAAUUUCAUGGGAGAGCCGGCCUUCCAAAAAGGUAUUAACUCGUUCCUCAAGAAAUAUUGUUAUGGGAAUGCAGUAACACAAGAUCUGUGGAAGGAGCUCACUUGUGCCUGGACGGGUUGUGUUCCUCAUAACUGCAAGAAUGACGUAGGAGAAAUAAUGGACACGUGGACGCGGCAGAUGGGAUACCCUGUAGUGAAUGUGGUCCGCACAUCAUGUGAAGAGGUCACCCUCACACAGAAAAGAUUCCUCCAAGACCCUGCAGCACAAUAUGACCCAUCAGAGUCCGAGUUUGGUUACAAGUGGGACAUCCCAAUCAGUUACAUCACAUCCUUAGACGUCAGGGCACAGCAGGCGUGGCUCUACCGAGAAGCUGAUAACUUGAAGUUGAAAAUAGAUCCAGAAGUACUUUGGGUGAAGGUAAAUACGCAGCAGAAGGGUUACUACCGUGUUAACUAUGAAACUCACAUGUGGAAUGAGCUGGCAAAGCUUUGUCUUGAUAAGGUUGUGGGCACUGCAGAACGAGCCGGUCUAUACAAUGACAUCUUUGCUCUCGCUGAUGCUGCCUUGGUGGAUUAUUCUGUAGCACUCGACUUCAGUCGAGGUCUUGCGUCAGAGACAGAUUAUGUACCUUGGGAUUCAGUUAUUAACCAUCUCAUUACCAUGGAGAGAUUACUAGCAGAGACUGAUGUCUAUCAGCCAUUUUGUCAUUACGUGUUGGACCUGGUGAAGCCUAUAUAUACUGCUCUAGGCUGGACAGAUGCUGGAGAUCAUUUGCAGAAGUUACUACGAAUUGAUGUUGUGUCAUUGGCGUGUGCAAGUGGGGAUAAGUUGUGUCUUAAGGAAGCAGCGACAGAGCUUCAAAGAUGGAUUGUUGACGCUCAAUACUCCCUUGCUCCAGGCACUUGUAGACAGGUGUAUCGGUGGGGCAUUGUGGACGCUGGGACUGAGGAGAACUGGGAGGUAGUGUGGCAGCGUGCGCUGGUGGAGCAGAGUGCCACACAGCUUGAUAACUUGUAUUAUGGUCUCGCAAAUGUUCAAGAUACAACCAUCUUACAGAGGUACAUAGAACUGGCCCAAGAUAUGAAGAAUGUACGUAGUCAAAAUUUCUUGCACGUGUUACAAUAUAUCUCAAGCAAUCCUGCUGGUACAGACUUGGUCUGGGAUUGGGUUAGGUCAAAUUGGAAGUGGUUGGUUGAUCGUUAUAGCCUCAAUGACCGCUACCUUGGACAACUCAUCCCCUGCAUAUCCAAAUACUUUUCAACAGCAGAAAAGCUUUCUCAGAUGAAAGAAUUCUUUGGCACAUAUCCAGAAGCUGGAGCUGGUGAGCUGAACCGGGCGCAGGCCCUGGAGACUGUGCACUUCAACAUCCGAUGGGUUGACGCCUAUUCCGCCAUAAUCCAUAACUGGCUGAAAUCACAGAAAUAAGAAACUGAAAUAGAACCCUUAAUAGGAUUUAGUACUGUUUUUUGUUAGUUCUGUGUAGUUUUGAGUUAUCAUUUGUGCCAUUGUAAUAUUAUUUUUAGAUAAACUAGAAUUAAAUAUGUUUUUCUGGGGGAAGCCCCGUCGGCUCCCCGGAGCUAUACCAGGCUGAUAUGCUAAUGUCAGACUUUGGCAUCAGUCAUGCGUAUGGAGUUAUUAAGACCUACCGGGAACCACGGCCAGAACCUGGC